AUGUUAUCCAUCGACUCUCUUUAUAUUUCUGCGAAACUAGGGUUUACAGUUCUUACUUCGGCUGCCGUAAGUUCUCCUCCUGCAAAAAUGCCGAAGCAAAUUCAUGAAAUCAAGGAUUUCCUUUUAACUGCAAGAAGAAAGGAUGCAAGAUCUGUGAAGAUCAAAAGAAGCAAAGAUGUUGUCAAAUUCAAAGUUCGUUGCUCAAAGUAUCUUUACACUUUAUGCGUCUUUGACAAGGAGAAGGCAGAUAAGCUGAAGCAAUCUCUUCCUCCUGGUUUGAGCGUUCAAGAUCUUUAGAUCGAAUCUUUUCUGAAAGAGUUAAGUCAUGAACUUUUUCUAGGGUUUGAUAUUAUCAAAAAGAUAUUGUGAGAUGUAACUGAAUUUCCCAUAAUUUGUGACUUUUUUUAGUUAAUGUUUUAUUGUGUUUGGUAUAAUUAUUAAUAUAGUGGACUUAUGGGAAAGUAGCAGUGUUUGAAUUUGAUUUUUCUUUAAUGAUUUUGAUUGAUGGAAUUUUUCUUUAGUAUUUGUCGUUGUUGAGGAUAUUAUUGUGAAUUAUUUUUGUCAGCA